AUGGUGUCGAUUGACCACAUGAAUGCGGAGUUUUACUUCAAUCGGGAUGUCGAAUGUGUGAGAACAUUUUUCAAACGAAAAUUUGACUAUGAUUGUGAUGAAUAUCCGAAAUUUUCGGAUAUUGAACGUAAAUACAACCUGGACGUCGAAUUGGAAGCCAGCGGAUUCACAAAGCAAAUGGACAUCGACUUGAACAAGGCGUACGACAGCGGAAAUUUCAAUGCACAUGUUAACACAGCUGACUUUGUAGAAUCAGGUGAAGAUGAUGACGAAGAAGAGAGCGAAACUGAGGAAUCUAAUUCUGAACCUGAGAACGACACAAUUCCAGAGGAGGAUGUGGAUCAUGAAGAGAUACGCCAAGAGGAAGAAUUCCGGAAGAAUGAGGCGAAGAUGCUUUCCAAUCCGAGCGGUUUACGAACUGGUUGGGAGAGGCUACCACACAACUGGACCAGCUCCUCCUGGAAGAAGGCAGUUCGGCUUGGUGACGAAUGCCCUCUACUUGUCCAUCACAGAGAGAUUGAGAGAGAGACUGAACAUCGACCGGAACGUGAAGCGUACAUUCGUGCUCGGGAAGAACUAGAUCGCAGAGAGACCGAAGCGUCCGAGUUGGAGCACCCGGGCGAGCAUCAUGAGGUGGAGCGGCGACCACGAAGAACGACGAAUGCACCAUCGAUGUUAUCAACUACGUCGACAAUCCCUCCAGAAGAAAUAAAACGACGAGUAGCCUUGGAAAAACUGCGCAACAAGGAGAAGGUGCGUCAGUCAGAAGGAUAG